CAUCGAGGACUCUGGUUUUGAAGCAGGAUACACCGGAUUUGCACAACACCAAAUGCAAGGAAGGCAGACCCAGCCCAGAAGAGUUUACAGUCGACGGCUCUGGCUUUAACACAGCAGCGCAACAGUGGUUCCUAAAUGGCCUCAGGUAUGGACGGGAAGAAAUGCAGCGUGUGGAUGUUUUUACCUCUUGUGUUUACCCUGUUUACUUCAGCCGGAUUAUGGAUAGUGUACUUUAUAGCAGUGGAAGAUAACAAAAUUAUCCCGCUAAGCGUGCCAGAGAGGAAACCUGGUUCCAAAAGACCACCUUAUAUAAGUAUUGCAGGUGAUGCACCUCCUGCAAGCUGUGUCUUUAGCCAAGUCAUGAACAUGGCAGCAUUUCUAGCACUUGUCCUUUCUGUCCUGCGCUUCAUUCAGCUGAAGCCCAAGGUGCUAAACCCUUGGCUGAACAUCAGCGGCCUGGUGGCAUUAUGCAUGGCCUCCUUUGGGAUGACCUUACUUGGCAACUUUCAGCUUUCCAACGACGAGGAGAUCCAUAACGUGGGCACAUCGCUGACCUUUGGCUUUGGGACCUUGGCAUGCUGGAUCCAGUCUGCCCUCACCCUCAAGAUCAACCUGAAGAAUGAAGGACGGAAAGUCGGGAUCCCACGAGUUGCCCUGUCGGCCAGCAUCACCCUCUGCGUGGUGCUCUAUUUCAUCCUAAUGGUGCAGGGCAUCCACAUGCACGCUGCCAGGAUCCAGUGGGGCCUGGUGAUGUGCUUCCUCUGCUACUUCGGCACGUUUGCGGUGGAGUUCAGGCACUACAGAUUCGAGAUCGUUUGCUCUGAGUACCAGGAAAACUUCCUGAGCUUUUCCGAAAGCCUAUCCGAAGCCUCCGAGUACCAGACGGAUCAGGUGUAGCCUGUCCUCUAGCAGGGGGGAGGGGAGGGGGCUGCCACGUUCUUAUGGGUUAAACAUGACCUCAUUUACACUUUUUUGAUAAGUUUGUUCUCCAUGUGCAAUCAUGACCGUAUUGCCAAAGGGCUCUGAGGGCGGCUGUCUCGUUAAGAGCCAAACAAAAAUACCUGUCUGAUGGAAGAGGAGUGGGUUGUUUUGAACUGCAACGCGAGAGAGCACAAGUUUAUGCUACCAGUGACUCUUUCUCAGCAGCUGCUGCAGGCCUGUUGUUCAAGACAUGAGCCAGCCGGUCCUCGCGAUGCCUCUCCGAGGCCAGCACCCCUAGGACUGUUCUGCAGAGGAAAUGAAGGGAAAGGACCUCUCCGGGCACAAAGAGCGUGCAGAAGUUGCCAGUUGCCAAGUCACUAGACUGCAUCUGUCUUGCGUGUAACGUUGUUUUGUUUGCUUCAGAGCGGAGUAAUUUGGUAGGGGGAAGACAGUGGCCGUUUCUUGGACUCAGCCAGCGGAAGACCCACACGGACUAGCUUUUCCUGCGAGCAGGCAGGCAUUUCUUCCAACCUGCAAAGCAGCCAGGUUUGGGUGAGAUCAGGCUGUCGAACAGAGCAAGCAGGCAGCGAGAGUUGGCUGACGCCGCCGUGUAGCCGGGUGGGCUGUGCAGGCAGCAGGGAGGCCGACACUCGCCACCUCGGUGGGGUGCUACGCUCGGCUUCACCUUCCAGACUCAGCAGCUGGAACUGAGCAAAGCGAAGUGCUCAGUUCAGACGUGAAUGCCUGUACGCUCUAAAGAUGACCCAGAGACAGUUGCUUUCUGUAAGUGUUUAGUGCUUCCACCACAUACCACGCCGAAUAUUUCAAAAGCUUUUUUUUUCUUCUUUUUUCCUUGUAGACAGUGAAAAAUGUUGUUUUUAAACAUACUGGACUUGCCUGCAAUGGAAACAUACAUUGCAGGUGGGUUUUACAGGCCUAGGUUUACUUCUGCUACCCAUGCGCUUAGAAGUCAAGUUUCAGAGCUCUGCCUAGGCUCCAGACCUCCUGGCGUGGACGGUUUGCCUGAGCGGGGUCUGCCACAAGCUCUGGAUUCGAAGGUUGCAGUGGGCUUCCAAGGAGCCCAGGCCCAGCGGGACGCAGCACGGGAGCAGCACUGCCCCAGGGCUCGGGGGAUGUGGUGUGGCAGCUGCAGGUGCAGGAAGGAGCCAGGGAAAACAGAAGGCCUUCUCCCUCCCCGUCCCUUAGGGACAGGGAAUUAACCAGCCCUUUCCUCUGAGCUGAAUGACCAAAAAAAAAAACCAAGUAGUUUUGUUGUGUACUCCAAGCGGCGCUUGGCUUGGAAGGCUGACUGAAAUACAAAAAGGAGAAACUUCCUGCAGACCAGUGGGCUGUUUUUCAAGGAAAAAGCAGAAGCCCAAACCCCCCUGCCUGAAACCCCUGAGUCUGGGAAAGCUGCUGUAUUGGCUAGAGGAGGGAGGGAGCUGUUUCACAGGAGCAUCGCUCCCGAGUCAGGCUACGCUGGUUUGCCUCUCUUGGCUGAGCCGACAUGGGGCAUCUUGUCAUCCCUGCAGGAAAAUAAGCAGCAAUGAGAACAGUGGCAAAAUGCAUUUUAAGGGGGAACUCCUACCCCAUAGUGACAUUUCUGACGGAAAGGAAAGGGCACAGGGGAAUUCAGUGCUCUGCAAAGGUCAGAGUCCUCUGCUGAAAGCAGAGAUGAUGAAGGAAAAAAAUCAAAAAUAGCGUAAACAGAAAGCUUUCAACCAGCCCUUUACUUUGUAUGUCUCGGGACAAAACUCCCUCUCAGGCAGCUCCAUUGACCGGCAGGUUUACGCUGAAUUGCUGAAGGCCCCCCUCCUUCACGUAGCUGUUGUUAGCGGGAAGCUUUCGAGGAGGGACGUGCCAAGGGUUGCGUCUAACUGCGCGGGGCAACGGCACAGCCGCAGAGGGGCCCUGCUGCCCGGGAGCCCCCACGAGGGAGCGCUCCCUGGGCUGAGGGUGGGAGGGGACCAAAAGACACUAAUGGGGAUUCUCUUACACAGACACACACUCAAUGCAUACGGAGCAGAGAACAGUGUUUUGUUUUUUAAAGGUGUUUUACUGUAAAUAGUCCACUGUGACAUUUUUUUUAAAAUCAAGUACUAC